AUGAUCUCAAGAAUAGUUACCUCUGUCUCUAAUGCUCUCGACUUCAAUAUUGCAACGCUGUCAGGAUGCAUUGACAUUAUAGUUGUUCCCGACGAAAAUGGAUCAUUACGAUCUACUCCGUUCCAUGUGCGCUUCGGCAAGGCUAAGCUUCUGCGCUCACGCGAGAAGAUCGUCAGUGUUGCGGUGAACGGUCAGGCGACGGAUCUACAAAUGAUUUUGGGGUCUGCUGGCGAGGCCUACUUUAUGUUGAAGGAUGAGGGUCAGCUGGAUAUCGAGGCUCCUCCACCAGACCACGAGAACAGUGAGUACAACAUGUAUCAGGAGGUGCUGGUGCCUGAGGGCGAGGAGAUUUACGGAGAUGAGGAUCUGGAGAGCGUGGAGGAGACCAUGGAUCCAGCAGCGGGUGACGUUAUGGUCCGGCGAGCAUCGGACCCCAUUUUAGUCAAGCACAAUGAGCGGACUGCAUUGGAACAAGCUUCGCUCCCCGCGCCGAGUAUCAAUAUCCAGGAAUCCGGACACAAGGAAUCCGGAGAGCCAGUGGGAGUAGAGAAAGAGUCCGGGGAACCGUUAUCUGUGGAGACGGGGACUACGGGGAGUACUGCGGAUCAGGCGGUGCCGCAGGUCGUGGGGCAUUUCCAGAGUUCGAUUCAGUUGAGUCUUUGCGGUCAUUUAUUGUUGGGGAUGGCGGAGGAGGAGCAGCACGACCAAGACGUGUUCCAGGCGAACCUGUUGGACGCUAAGGCGUUUGAGCGCGACGCGACGCUGUGGUACAACCCAUCGUUAGUGUUUCGUUUCGGGAACAAGCCGCCGUACUUCCCGGCAAGAACAUCGUUGCCACUGAUUGCAUCUUGGGCGAUUUUCGGCAAGUCGUUGACGAAGGAGUCGUUUUUGACUUUGCUUCGCUCACGUUUGCGGCUGCGCGACCCGCAGGACUUGCUCGACCAACUGACUAUAAACGUAAACGAGAUCCUCCACCCCGCGGCUUUACCGGAUCCAAGUCCAGGUUCCCGGUCGCGGCGACCGAAUAGCCGAGACAAUCAGGGCGCGGAGGAGCAGCGCUACUUGCAGCACUUGUGUUACUUGUCACGGAUGUUCGACUGCUGUAUGGCACCCUCACUCGACGACCAAACUGGCGAGGAAGAGGAGACGCUCUUGGUCCAAAACGGCCAUCAAUCGGAUCCGGAAGCAUACGGCGCUACGACGCGGGUCGCGACGGCAAGGGCCGCGACUGGGCUGUCGACCUCGUCGAAGUUUUUGGGCAAGCGAAAGAUGCAACGAUACAUCAAGUGUCUGAAGCCGACGCCUGCACAGUUGGCCCAGUUGCGGUUGCAGCCGGGUGCGAAUCGGAUAACGUUCUCGGUGACGUCUGCAUUGCAGGGCUUCAAGUCGGUUUCGGCCAACCUAUAUUUGUGGCCGCGCAGUUCGCGUAUCGUUGUCAGUGACGUGGAUGGGACUAUUACCAAGUCCGACCUGUGGGGACAGCUCAUGCCCAUCGUGGGUAAGGACUGGAGCCACCCGGGAGUCGCCGAGCUCUUUACGAACAUUACUAAACACAAUUACCGUAUUGUGUACCUCACAGCACGUGCUAUCGGUCAGGCAGACAGCACACGAGAUUAUCUUUUCGGCCUCACUCAGAACGAAAAGAAGCUGCCCGAUGGACCUCUUAUUCUCUCCCCCGAUCGCCUCUUCCCUUCCUUCAAACGCGAGGUCAUCGACCGGAAACCCUUCGUCUUCAAGAUCGCCGCCCUUCGCGACCUCCGCUCCCUAUUCCCCCACUAUUACAACCCUUACUAUGCCGGCUUCGGCAACCGUGACACGGACCAUCGUGCCUACGUGCACGUCGGAGUUCCUGAGGCACGCAUAUUCAUCAUAGACCCCACCGGCCACGUACACCACGUCAACCGAACCUUCGCCAAAACGUACAAGUCCAUGUCCACGAUGGCUAACGAUAUGUUCCCGCCGCUCAAACAGAAGGCGGUGGCGGUGCAUGCGGAUGACGAGUACAACGAUGUGAACUACUGGGGACAGAAGCCCGAUCUCAGUCUCUGUCCGGCGGCCGAGGUUGUGGUGGCGUCGGCUGGGCCUGCGACAAGUUCAAAGACGAACACCCCGCUCCUGGCCAAGGUCCCGCACGCCCCGGACGCGACCUUGUCGCCCACACCGGAAAGCAAGUACCGGAGCCUAAACUUGCGUACAAGGGGUCUGCCUGUUCAGUGCGACGUCUUCCGAGAUAAUACGCCGCACGCGAACUCGUUGUCGCCGGCGAUGCCGUGCAUUUCGAUCGAGUUGGCGCCACUGGCACCAGAGCCAAUGCGGCAUUCGCAGUCGACGCCAUGUUUGAUAUCAUUGACGACGCUGGAGUUUGACGACGCAGUUUCUCGGCCUCAGUCGCAUGACGCGAGUCGGCGACACUCGACUGCUGGCGAGGGGCUCGGGUUUGGUCGGAGUUGCGAAAGUGAGAGCGAGAGCGAGGAAAGUGGGGACAGCGAGAACGAGUGCCUGUUGAUCCCGCGAAAGGACGUGCGUUACAUCUUCCGGAAGGAGGAGGAGAGUAGUGUUGCGGAGGACUUUGGACGUGCGCGCAGUGAAGUACCCUGGGAGGGGCGCGGGGAGUCAUGGACGAUGCGUGGAAAACGAAGCAGGGUGACUUAG